ACAUCAGACAACACUGAAAUUGUAUGUGUUUUCGAUUCUGACGUGUCAAACUGUGUCAAAAGUAUUUUUUGCCGUAAUAUCACUAGUAAAACCAUCAAAAAAUCUCAUAAUUAUAGUCAAAAUCGUUGAAAUUUUUCCGCAACUAGUUCAAAAAUGCCACUACGUUUGGAUAUCAAAAGACGAUUAACGUCUCGUUCAGAUCGUGUGAAAUGUGUGGAUUUACAUCCGACCGAACCAUGGAUGUUAUGUGCACUAUACAAUGGACAUGUUCAUGUAAUGAACUAUGAAAAUCAGCAGCUCGUCAAAGAUUUUGAGGUGUGCGAUCUACCGGUACGAUGUGCAAAAUUCGUUGCGCGAAAGAAUUGGGUCCUAACUGGAUCCGAUGACAUGCAGAUUCGUGUCUUCAACUACAACACACUCGAAAAAGUGCACUCAUUCGAAGCCCAUUCCGAUUACGUUCGUAGCAUUGCUGUGCAUCCAACACAACCGUUGAUCUUAACCAGUAGCGAUGACAUGUUGAUAAAACUGUGGAAUUGGGACAAGAUGUGGGCAAAUCAACGUGUAUUCGACGGUCACACGCACUAUGUCAUGCAAAUUGUCUUCAAUCCAAAGGACAAUAACACAUUCGCCAGUGCAUCGCUCGAUCAUACAGUCAAGGUGUGGCAACUGGGAUCGAAUGUGGCGAAUUUUACAUUGGACGGUCAUGAGAAAGGUGUCAAUUGCGUUGACUAUUACCACGGCGGCGACAAACCAUAUUUGAUAUCCGGUGCCGAUGAUCGUUUGGUGAAGAUUUGGGAUUAUCAGAAUAAAACUUGCGUCCAGACACUGGAAGGUCAUGCACAAAAUAUUGCCGCUGUUUCAUUCCAUCCGGAAUUGCCGAUCGUGUUGACCGGUUCGGAAGAUGGUACCGUUCGUAUAUGGCAUUCGGGCACCUAUCGCUUAGAAACAUCGCUGAAUUACGGAUUCGAACGGGUCUGGACGAUUUCGUGCAUGCGAGGAACGAACAACGUUGCCCUGGGCUACGAUGAGGGAUCGAUUAUCAUAAAAGUUGGUCGUGAAGAGCCAGCCAUGUCAAUGGACAUCAACGGCGGCAAAAUUAUUUGGGCUAAACAUUCGGAAAUGCAACAGGUCAAUUUGAAGGCUUUGCCGGAAGGCACCGAAAUUAAGGACGGUGAACGUUUGCCAGUUGCCGUUAAGGACAUGGGAGCGUGUGAAAUUUAUCCACAAACCGUGGCCCACAACCCGAACGGACGUUUCGUGGUUGUGUGUGGUGAUGGUGAAUACAUAAUUUACACAUCGAUGGCGUUGCGAAACAAAGCGUUCGGAGCCGCACAAGAAUUUGUUUGGGCAUUGGAUAGCAGCGAGUAUGCCAUACGCGAAAGCAGCGGAACGGUCAAAUGUUUCAGAAACUUUAAAGAACGGAAAAGUUUCACUCCGGACUAUGGUGCUGAAGGAAUAUUUGGCGGAUAUUUACUCGGAGUUAAGACAUCGUCUGGUCUAACGUUCUACGACUGGGAAACAUUGGAUUUGGUGCGACGCAUCGAAGUGGUACCAAGAAAUAUUUUCUGGAAUGAAACAGGAAAUUUGGUGUGCUUGGCGACAGACGAUUGUUAUUUUAUACUGCGCGUUGACACUGGUGCAAUACAAACGGCCAUUGAUGCGAAACAGGGACUCGGUGAAGAUGGUCUCGAAGAUGCAUUCGAGGUUCUUGGUGAAGUGAACGAACAGGUGAAAACUGGUGUCUGGGUCGGCGAUUGUUUCAUUUACACCAAUUCGGUGAAUAGAAUCAACUACUAUGUCGGCGGCGAGAUCGUCACAAUUUCACAUUUGGAUCGGACUAUGUACUUGCUGGGAUACGUCGCCAAAGACAAUCGAUUAUAUCUCGGUGACAAGGAGCUCAACGUAACCAGUUUUUCAUUGCUGUUGUCCGUGUUGGAAUACCAGACGGCUGUAAUGCGAAGAGAUUUCGAGACGGCCGAUCGAGUUCUACCUACCAUACCCAAGGAGCACCGUACCCGUGUGGCUCAUUUCCUCGAAAAACAAGGUUUCAAACAGCAAGCGCUACAAGUGUCCACCGAUACGGAACACCGUUUCGAUUUGGCGUUACAAAUUGGUGAUCUGCAGACUGCAUUAGAAUUAGCACGGGACUCAGAGAAUCCACAAAAAUGGUCCCAAUUGGCCGACGUGGCAACCAAUCAAAAUCAAUUCGAAUUAGUGAAAGAGUGUUUGGGCAAGGCAAACGAUUUCGGUGGAUUGCUAUUGCUGGCAUCGAGUGCUGGUGACGAAGAAAUGAUUCGAUCGCUGGGCGAAAACAGCAUAGCACAGGGACGGCAUAACAUUUCCUUUUUGUCAAUGUUUUUGCUGGGCGAUUUGGACAGUUGCCUGGAAAUUUUAAUCAGCACAAAUCGACUACCAGAGGCUGCAUUCUUUGCACGAACCUACAUUCCCAGCAAAAUCUCAUAUGUUGUACAGCAGUGGCGCAACGAGUUGGCUAAAGUAAAUGAAAAAGCCGGUCAGAGUCUUGCCGAUCCCGAGCAGUAUGAAAAUUUGUUCCCUGGUCUGCCGGAAACUUUGAAAGCUGAACAGUAUUUACUGAAGGAAAAAUCGUCAAUUCCAGCUAGAGCAGCAAAAAGUAUUCCAUUGAACAUCGAACGAAACGCAAUGGCUGAAAUGAAAGCAGCCGAAUCUAGUGGUGCCUUCGACUAUGAUCCGAAAUUCGAUCCAUCGAACAGUUCAUCAUACACAAGCACCGUGCAACAGAGCAAUGCUCAACGUGCAGCCACAGACAAUUUGAUCGAUACAUCCAGCGAACAAUUACCUUCCAAAGAACGAACGCCACCGCUUGCUAAACGGAAAAAUUCGCUAGACGAUUUUGAACUGGAAAUCGAGGGAAUUACGCUGGACGAUGAUAUCGACACUUCGGACGUUAAUAUAGACGAUGAUAUAAGCGAUUGAUAGGAGGCGUGUUAGAAACAAGACACAAAGUCGUGGUAGCAUUUAUUUAAGAGAAAGAAUUCUUUUUUUUUUUUUGUACGGAAUAUUAUCUUGUCGACAUGAUGUCUUGUGUAUGGUAGGACUAUUCAAAUUAUUGUAUAUUAUCAACGUUGUAUUAUUAAUUUUGCGGUUUUUUUAUUAUCGAAGAGCUACAUCAAGGGUAUAACAAAAUAGAAAGAAAAAGUAGUAAGAAAAACCCAAGUGUUUCAAGUGUUGGUUGGUCGACAUUUUGAUGCGCACUCAUUUUUGAACCGAUUUUGAUAACGAUAUAAACGAUGAAAGGAAAGAAAAGGAGAAUUUAUUUUCGUUUUAAAACAUUUUUCGUCAGACACCAUCAACUUUCUACAGUCCUAAGGAAAUGCAUCUCUGAUUUUAUCUAUCGUUGUAAGAUGAUGUUCAAAUAAACAGCAUGUUAUUUAUAAUGAAAAUGAAAUAUUAAAGAAAAAUGAUUCAAUCAUA